AUGGAGUGGCGGCUGCGCGCGCUGGAGCGGCUGGCGCUGGACGAGGCCGGUGGCGGCCCGGGGCUCGACGGCCUCCUGGACCUGCUGCUGGGGCUGCACCACGAGCUCAGCAGCGCCCCCCUGCGGCGAGAGCGCCACGUCGCGCAGUUUCUGAGCUGGGCCAGCCCCUUCGUGUCUAAGGUGAAGGACCUUCAGCUGCAGAGAGAGGACUUUGAGAUCCUGAAGGUCAUCGGCCGAGGGGCCUUUGGGGAGGUUGCUGUGGUGAGGCAGAAGGACAGUGGACAGAUUUUCGCCAUGAAAAUGCUGCACAAGUGGGAGAUGCUGAAGCGGGCCGAGACGGCCUGUUUCCGGGAGGAGCGAGAUGUCCUGGUGAAGGGGGACAGCCGUUGGGUGACCACUCUACACUACGCCUUCCAGGAUGAGGAAUACCUGUACCUGGUGAUGGACUACUACGCCGGGGGCGACCUCCUCACGUUGCUGAGCCGCUUCGAGGACCGCCUCCCGCCUGAGCUGGCCCAGUUCUACCUGGCCGAGAUGGUGCUGGCCAUUGACUCGCUGCACCAGCUCGGCUACGUCCACAGGGAUGUCAAGCCAGACAACAUCCUGCUGGAUAUGAAUGGACACAUCCGCCUGGCCGACUUCGGGUCAUGCCUGCGUCUCAACAACAGUGGCAUGGUGGACUCCUCAGUGGCCGUAGGAACACCGGACUACAUCUCCCCUGAGAUCCUGCAGGCCAUGGAGGAGGGCAAGGGCCACUAUGGCCCGCAGUGUGACUGGUGGUCGCUGGGCGUCUGUGCCUACGAGCUGCUCUUUGGGGAGACGCCCUUCUAUGCGGAGUCCUUGGUGGAAACUUACGGCAAGAUCAUGAACCAUGAGGAGCACCUGCAGUUCCCCCUAGAUGUGCCCGAUGUGCCAACCAGUGCCCAAGACCUGAUCCGUCAGCUGCUGUGCCGUCAGGAGGACCGUCUGGGCCGAGGUGGGCUCGACGACUUCCGGAACCACCCCUUCUUUGAAGGUGUGGACUGGGAGCAGCUGGCCACCAGCACUGCCCCCUACAUCCCUGAACUCCGGGGGCCCAUGGACACCUCCAACUUUGACGUGGAUGAUGACACCCUCAACCACCCCAGGACCCUCCCGCCGCCCUCCCACGGCACCUUCUCGGGCCACCACCUGCCAUUUGUGGGUUUCACCUAUACCUCUGCCAGCCGUGGUCCCAUGGGCCCAUCAGAGCAGUUGGCUGCCCUGCAGCAGAGGAUCAUGUGUGCAGAAGAGGAGAAGGCAGAGCUGAGCCGGAAGCUCCAAGAGGUCCAGGCUCCCUCAGACCCUCAGGAGCUGGAGCACCUACGGAAGGAAGUGCUGACCCUACAGGAAAAGCUAUCAGAAGUAUUACGAGACAAGGCCCCCUUGUGCCAGACUGAUGGGGCCCCAGCUGGCAGCGCAGCCCAGGCCAGUGCCCUGCAGCAGGAGAGAGACCAGCUGUGCCAGGAGCUGGCCGAGGCUCAGGCGGGGUUCCAGAUGCUGGAGGAGGAGCUGUGCCAGGCCCGAGGACGGCAGGAGGAGCUGGUCCGGAAGCUGCAGGAGGCUCAGGAGAGAGAGGUGGCCAUGGGCAGCCAGGUGCAGGCCCUGAGCACCCAGCUGGAGGAUGCCCGAGAUGCUCGGAGUGAGCUGGAGGCCCAGGUGGUCACCCUGAACCGGGAGGUGACACAGCUGCAGGUGCAGUGGAAGCAGAACCUGGAGGAAGAGUCUGCCCGGGUCAAGACUGCCCACACAGCCAAUGGCACAGGACCACCAGGGCGCAAGCGGCAGGAGGCCCAGCUGCAGAAGGAGGUGGCUGCCCUGCAGGUGCAGCUGGACCAGGCCUGUGGUCACGGGCUGAGUGGAAAGGAAGAGAUCCUGUCCCGGCUGAAGGAGGAGAACCACCGGCUGAGCCUGGAGCAGGAGAGGCUGGCAGCAGAACUGGAGCGGGAACAGCAGAGCAAGCAGCGGCUAGAAGGGAAGCAGAGGGAGACAGAGAGCAACUGGGAGGCCCAGAUCUCGGACAUCCUCAGCUGGGUGAAUGAUGAGAAGGUCUCGAGGGGAUACUUGCAGGCCCUGGCCACCAAGAUGGCCGAGGAGCUGGAGUCUUUGCGGAAUGUGGGCACCCAGACGCUCCCUGCCCGGCCACUGGACCACCAGUGGAAGGCGCGGCGGCUGCAGAAGAUGGAGGCCUCGGCCCGGCUGGAGCUGCAGUCAGCCCUGGAGGCUGAGAUCCGGGCCAAGCAGGGCCUGCAGGAGCGGCUGGUGCAGGUGCAGGGGGCCCAGCUGCGGCUCGAGAGCCGCCUGCAGGAGGCUGAGAGGCAGAACCAGAACCUGCGGCAGGAAGUGGCCGCACUGCGUGAGGAGCUCCAGGCGCGUGGGCCGGGGGAUGCCAAGCCAUCAAACUCCCUGCUUCCCUUCCUGUCCUUCUGGAGCUCAGAGAAGGAUUCCACCAAGGACCCUGGCAUCUCGGGAGAGGUCCCAAGGCCAGGGCCAGAGCCAGAGCUGAGGCCAGAGGGCCGCCGGAGCCUGCGCAUGGGGUCUGUGUUCCCCCGGGUACCUUUUGUUGCCCCACCUCUGGCCGAAAGUCCUCCCACCAAGCCUGGCUCACACAUACUGCGUCCCCGGACCUUCCCGUCCCCCACCAAGUGUCUCCGCUGCACCUCACUGAUGCUGGGGCUGAGCCGCCAGGGCCUCUCCUGCGAAGCCUGUGGCUACUUCUGCCACUCAGCGUGUGCCCCACAGGCCCCCCUCUGCCCUGUGCCCCCUGACCUCCUCCGCACCGCCCUGGGAGUGCACCCCGAGACCGGCACGGGCACAGCCUAUGAGGGCUUCCUGUCGGUGCCCCGGCCCUCAGGUGUCCGGCGCGGCUGGCAGCGGGUCUUUGCUGCUCUCAGCGACUCACGCCUGCUGCUCUUUGAUGCCCCCGACCCUCGGCUCAGCCCUGCCAGUGGGGCCCUCCUACAGGCACUAGAUCUGAGGGACCCCCACUUCUCAGCCACCCCCGUCCUGGCCUCUGAUGUUAUCCACGCCCAAACCAGAGACCUGCCACGCAUCUUCAGGGUGACCGCCUCCCAGCUGGCAGUGCCACCCACCAUGUGCAACGUGCUGUUGCUGGCGGAGAGCCCGAGCGAGCGGGAGCGCUGGCUGCAGGUGCUGGGCGAGCUGCAGCGGUUGCUCCAGGACAUGCGACCACGGCCCCUGCCCGUGUACACGCUCAAGGAAGCCUAUGACAACGGGCUGCCGCUGCUGCCACAUGCACUCUGUGCCGCCAUCAUCGACCAGGAGCGGCUCGCUCUGGGCACCGAGGAGGGGCUCUUUGUGAUCCAUCUGCACAGUAACGACAUCUUCCAGGUGGGCGAGUGCCGGCGGGUGCAGCAGCUGGCCGUGAGCCCCACCUCAGGCUUGUUGGUGGCCCUGUGUGGCCGGGGCCCCAGCGUGCGCCUCUUCGCCCUGGCUGAGCUGGAGAACGCGGAAGCUACAGGCGCCAAGAUCCCCGAGUCACGCGGCUGCCAGGCGCUGGCGGCAGGGCGCAUCCUGCAGGCACGCACCCCGGUGCUCUGUGUAGCUGUCAAGCGCCAGGUGCUCUGCUACCAACUGGGGCCUGGCCCAGGGCCCUGGCAGCGCCGCAUCCGAGAGCUGCAGGCCCCCGCACCUGUGCAGAGCAUGGGGCUGCUGGGUGACCGGCUGUGUGUGGGCGCGGCCGGAGCCUUCACCCUGUACCCACUGCUCAAUGAGGCUGCGCCCUUGGCACUAGGGGCUGGACUGGUGCCUGAGGAGCUGCCCCCAGGCCGUGGAGGCCUGGGCGAGGCGCUGGGCGCCGUGGAGCUCAGCCUCAGUGAGUUCUUGCUACUCUUCACUGCUGCUGGUGUGUACGUGGAUGGUGCUGGCCGCAAGUCCCGAGGCCCUGAGCUGCUAUGGCCAGCGGCCCCCACAGGAUGGGGUUACACAGCGCCCUACCUGACAGUGUUCAGUGAGAAUUCCAUUGAUGUGUUUGACGUGAGAAGAGCAGAAUGGGUGCAGACUGUGCCCCUCAAGAAGGUGCGACCCCUGAAUCCAGAAGGCUCCCUGUUCAUCUAUGGCACCGAGAAGGUCCGCCUGACCUACCUCAGGAACCGGCUGGCAGAGAAGGACGAGUUCGACAUCCCCGACCUCACAGACAACAGCUGGCGCCAGCUGUUCCGCACCAAGAGCAAGCGCCGCUUCUUCUUCCGCGUGUCGGAGGAGCAGCGACAGCAACAGCGCAGGGAAAUGCUCAAGGACCCCUUCGUGCGUUCCAAGCUCAUCUCACCACCAACCAACUUCAACCACCUCGUCCACGUGGGUCCCACUGACGGGAAGCCAAGUGCCAAGGACCUGCCUACAGCCCCAGAAGUGAAGGGUCGAGGUUCUCGCAGCUCCAGCUCACAGCGACCCCACAGCUUCUCGGAGGCAUCACGGCGCCCAGCGUCCAUGGGCAGCGAUAUCCUCUCUGGAGACAUGGACCCAAUGAAAAGGAAACCUCGCACAUCUCUGUCUAGCGAGUCCGUGUCCAGCCCCCAGGGAUCGCUGAGCCCCGCAGCCUCCCUAUUGCAGGUCUCAGAACGGCCCAGGAGCUUCCCUCCAGCUCCUGAUUCAGAGAGGUGCCUUUAA